AUGUUCCCAUACCCGUCCGGUUCUUUACAUAUGGGCCAUAUGCGAGUCUACACAAUUUCUGACGUCACUGCAAGAUAUUAUCGAUUGAAUGGGUUUGAUGUAAUCCAUCCAAUUGGUUGGGAUGCUUUCGGAUUACCAGCAGAAAACGCGGCUCGUGAACGAGGGGUCGAUCCACGACAAUGGACGUUAUCCAAUAUCGAAUCGAUGAAGAAUCAAUUGGAGAAGACUGGAAUCCUUUUCGAUUGGGAUCGAGAAAUUUCGACGUGCGACCCUUCAUACUAUCGUUGGACGCAGUGGAUUUUCCUGCGGUUGUAUGAGCAUGGUUUGCUGCGGCGAAUUUUAGCUGAGGUAAAUUGGGACCCCGUAGAUAACACGGUGCUUGCUGCCGAACAGAUUGAUUCUGAAGGAAGAAGCUGGAGAAGCGGUGCUGUUGUGGAGAAGCGAAAGUUGCGACAAUGGAUGGUUGAGACUCCACGUUAUGCUAAGGAUGAUAGGCAUCAACCAAUGGAAGAGCUUCUCGAUCUACAUCGCCUUCCUUUCAGUGUUUUGAAUGGCAUUUCUGGCGUAUGGAUGCCUGUCAUAGUUGUUCCUGAAAACUAUGGUGGACCACCGAUGCAUUUGAAUGCGAGACAUCAUUCAAAAUCUCGUCAGGAUAGACGAGCUCUUAUGCCGAUGAAUCUCAGGGACGUCCAGGAAAUCGCAAAGUUCGGUAAUUAUGGCGGAUACAUGACGUCCCGAACGCUUCAAGAUUGGGUUGUGAGUCGGCAACGUUCUUGGGGAACUCCGAUUCCUAUGAUACUCAGUCCUGACGGAAUGACUGCGGUACCGUUGGAUAACGACCAGCUGCCACUUCUUCAGGGUCAGGAACGAGGCGGAAAAGUACCCUGUGACAGAUUGAAAGGAGGUGAAGGUCACUACGAAACGGAUACAUUGGAUACGUUCUUUGACUCGGCAUGGUACUAUCUACGCUACCUUGAUCCUCAUAAUCAGAAUGCGCUGCUAUCCAAAGAAGCGUCGGCGAAGAUGCCAGUGGACAUUUACGUGGGCGGCAUCGAGCAUGCCGCGGUCCACAUGUUCUUUGCUCGGUUUAUCUCAUAUUUCCUCACCGACAUUGGAGUCACCCAG